AUGCAAAAGUGCCGGGCCGUCAAUUCCGCCCUGGGGUCGAGGGCCUUUGUCCCCGCCCCUCGGAUUCAAAGCCAAGUGCAGCGUCGGAAUCUCCAGGAUGUCGCCAUUACUAGGACUGGAAAGCCGAUCCUGAGAGUCCAGGGUGGACGGUCAUCUCUCGGAGGCUUUACCGCGACUGUUUUCGGUGCCACUGGCUUCCUCGGCCGCUACAUUGUCAACAAGCUCGCCAACCAAGGAUGCACGGUCGUUGUUCCAUAUCGCGAGGAGAUGACAAAGAGACACCUGAAGCCUACCGGUGAUCUUGGAAGAGUUGUCUUCAUUGAAUACGAUCUGCGGAAUACCCAAUCGAUCGAGGAGAGCGUUCGUCACUCCGAUGUUGUUUACAACCUUGUUGGACGUCAAUACCCUACAAAGAAUUUCUCCUACACUGAUGUUCACGUCGAUGGAACCGAGCGCAUCGCCGAUGCUGUCGCCAAGUACGAUGUUGAUCGGUUCAUUCACGUCUCCUCCUACAAUGCCGCCAAGGACUCGCCAUCUGAGUUCUUCUCGACCAAGGGAUGGGGUGAGGAAGUCGUUCGUUCGAUCUACCCCGAAACUACCAUUGUCCGGCCUGCUCCCAUGUUCGGUUUCGAAGACAACCUCCUUCACAAGCUUGCCAGUGCUACCAACCUCUUGACUGCCAACCACAUGCAGGAGCGCUUCUGGCCCGUUCACGCCAUCGACGUUGGUACCGCUCUUGAGCGUAUGCUCCAAGAUGACACCACUGCCGGCGAGACCUUUGAGCUGUACGGCCCGAAGAACUACUCCGUUGCGGAAAUUGCCGAGCUCGUUGACCGUGAGAUCGUCAAGAACCGCCGCCACAUCAACGUUCCCAAGGCCAUCCUGAAGCCUGCGGCGUACUACCUGAACAAGCUCCUCUGGUGGCCUACCAUCUCCGCCGACGAGGUUGAGCGAGAGUUCAUUGACCAGAAGAUUGACAAGACUGCCAAGACCUUCAAGGAUCUCGGCAUUGAGCCCGCUGAGCUCAGCGAUCUUACCUUCCACUACUUGAAAGGCUACAGAAGCGCUUCCUACUACGAUCUGCCUCCUGCCACGGAGCGUGAGAGACAGGAGGAGAAGAAGUACUUGCACGUUCUUGACGACCAGUAG